AUGGCCCCUUGUCAUCGGUGCAGCUUGGGCAUAAGGAGGGGCAGAGGACAAGGAUGGUGCAGCAAUCCGCAAUGCCGCCAAGCUGAAAAGGAAGAGCUUCUCGUCCAGCAGAGUGCAGAGAAAAUUGCUCGACAGCAACAGCGGGCGGCGCAGGGAGCGGGAAGCCGUGGACCUUUGCGUGAAGCAGACUGCAAAGAGUCGGAACGCCGACAGCUGCACGCGGCAAGGGCGAGGGCACAAGCAGAGGAGGGAGCAGGCGGUCGUGGACCUUUGCGUGAAGAAGACAGCAAAAGGGCGGAGCGCCGACAGCUGCAUGAGGCAAGGGCGAAAGCAGGAGCAGAGGAGGGAGCAAGCGGGCACGGACCUUUACGUGAAGAAGACAGCAAAAGGGCGGAGCGCCGACAGCUGCAUGAGGCAAGGGCGAGAGCAGAAGCAGAAGAGGAAGCAGGCCGUCGUGGACCUUUGCGGGAAGAAGACAGCAAAAGGGCGGAGCGCCGACAGCUGCAUGAGGCAAGGGCGAGAGCAGAAGCAGAAGAGGAAGCAGGCCGUCGUGGACCUUUGCGGGAAGAAGACAGCAAAGAGGAAAAGCGCCGACAGCUGCAUGAGGCAAGGGUGCAGGCAGAGGCAGAGGAGGGAGUGGGCGGCCGAGGGCCCAGACCCAUCGCCUCGGAGAUUCAGCAGCAGGGCUACCCUUUUCCAGACGAGGACACCUUGACCCAGGAGCAAGCGCAAGCCCAUUACUUGGCUUUUGCGCGGAGCUGGAGUAGAUUUGGCCUUUCUCGCGUGUGCCAGAAGUGCCAGACUCUAACGCCAGGGAGGCACUGCAAAACAGCCAAAGAAAUCGGCCAGCUGCUUUGCAGGAAUUGCCGUGAGAAUCGCACCAAGGUCGUUUUGCCAACCCCGGCCCCCAUCCCAGAAGCACUGCAAAGUCUGCAACCCAUCGAGCAGCAUCUCCUCGCCAUGGCACGCAUCUCGCAGGUCUUGUUGGACAAGCUGCCAUCAGGCGGCCCGAGCGCGCAGUGGGGUCGCAUGUACGCAGUGCUCAUGCAGGAUCCCUUCAUCUGCGACGUCCUCGAAGGCGCCACUUUGGAAGAAGACGGUACAGUGCUGGUCGAGGGCGUCGACGGCAUGACCGCAUCUCCGGCGCGUCUGGAGUACCUGCACGCAGCCUUGCAGGCCUUAAAAGAACUGCACUGCCUCUAUCAACGGAGCCCGGCAGUGGACAGAGCCCUGGCAAGAAUGGCUGCCAUCCUCGCCAACAAGACAUCGGCUGCGGCUGCGACGCCAGCAGACCCACUUCCAGGAACAGAAGCAAACCAAGAGAUCGAGAUGACGUACCUGGUGCCGAAGCAAUUCCAAGCCCCAAAAGCCGACGCACAUGAUUUGCGAAAAGUGCGAGGAUCCGCAGACCUCAGUGAUGGCAUGGAUGCAAAAUUCUUCCCACACUUGUUUCCCACCGGCACAGGAGGCUGGCAGAACGACAACGGGAGCUUUUCCCAAUAUGCCCGGAAGCGUCUGCUGAGCGUGGAUGCGCGCUUCGAAGCGUCCACGGCCUACAUCAUGUGGCUGUUGGAGAUGCAAACCAAGAAGCGACUUUCCGGAAACAUCAACGUCCGGAUCGGCAACCAACGGGCACCCUACGGCAGCAGCGACUACGAGAACGGUAGCCGUCAGGUGUACACUGCCUUGCGGGACAUGCCCGGCACGCAGCCGUACCUCUACGCCAAGAAGGGGGUGGCGCUCAACAUGUACGAGCAGCUUGGCGCUCCCAACUUCUUCAUGACACUGUCCUGCCACGCGCGCCAGCCUGCCUUGCUCCUCGCGGCUAUCUCGGCGCGGCUGCUACGGCUGCAUCCCGACCGCCCUCACGCAGAACUAGAGCAGCACGCUGCAGAGAUCCUGUUCCGCUACCAGAACGACAAAAGCUUCACUUGGGACGGGUUGUCGCCCAACCAGUUGUGCAACCAGCAGCCGGCGGUGGUAGCGCGACAAUUCAUGCACCAAGUCUCUCAGCUGAUGUGGUGGCUGUCCAGCACGCGCGGUUCGCAAGUCCACCUACACGAAGAUGCUGAUCCACAAGAUGGAGGCGAGAAUAACGACCACGAGGAUGCAGAGGACGAUGCCCAGGCCCCGGCCACGGACUCCGCAGGCCUUCAUCGCCGCAUGCGCAAGGAAUGGCCUCCUUUCAAA